AUGAAUCAGCCUGUGUCCAUGGUCUGUGGACACAGUGCCUGCAAGGCCUGUUUGGAGGAAAUGGUAUCCAAAAGCCUACAAGGAAAUGGGAAAACUUGUCCCCUUUGUCGAGAAACUAUAACCCUCUGCAAAAUAUACACGAACCUGGCAGUAAGGGCCAUGAUUGCCAAAAUUCUUGUGUGUUCUAUUAAUAGUGGUUGCACAUGGACUGGGGAGCAUGACAAGAUGCAAAAUCACAGCGCAAUUUGUCCCUUCAAGAUUGUCUCGUGCCCUAAUGGUUGCCAGGAAAGCUACAGACAGGAUGCCAUGGAUCUCCACCUGGCAGCCUGUCCAUUUCAGGAAGUCAAGUGUUCAUUUUGUAAUGUUAAAGUGCCAAGAUUCGAUCUCGACACUCACGCUAGAAACUGUCCAGAAGGUCCGAGAGUGUGCGCACUUCACUGCUGAGAUGAGAUGCCGAGAAAGAGGGAGUGGUUAAUUUCUUAAAUGAACUGUCAUUAAAAUAGUGAGAAUUAGUGUGAAAAAGAAAGAGGAAGUAAAUAACAAAUUCAAUACAAAGGAAGGCACUUAUGGACACAUGUUAAAAAGAUUGAAAACGAUUGAAAUUGUGGUUUUAAAACUUGUCAGCCCAACAUUUUUCGAAGUUUAUACUACUACGUGAGAGAUUUCUGCAAUUUGGCUUAGAGCAGUGGUAUUUCAGCUUAAUUUGAAAUACCUACAUAUGAAAAUUACAAACCUUAUGCGGGUAGUAGUAUAAACCAAUAAUUCACUUGACACAAAGCUGCGAUUUUCAGGUCAUUCACAUUCAUUUCACGCUGACAUAUCGAGUAAGAACACUCGAGUAACCGGCAUAAAAACAAAGUAAAUGAACAUGCCAGCUUUUGAUAUUACUCUAUAAUGAUAUACUUUAAAAAGACAAGUUAAUUCUUUUUUUAAAGAAAAAAACGUCUUAUGGCAAACUUCCGAUAGGUGAGAGUAUUUGCAUAGGAGAGUAUCCUGUCGAAACAAUCAUCUCUCCUCAUCUUUUUUACUUGUUUGGGGAUGGGGGGGGAGGGGAGGAGGGGGGGAGGUACGAAAUAGGAAGGCCCGGAAUUCAUUUUAAACAAAAAGAGUGAGAAUUUUCAGAGCAAUUAGAGAAUCACAAGUAAGUGAAUCAGAAUUGAAAUUCUUUACCAUGAGAACGGCUACUUGACAUUUCCUCGUGUUAUGUUUGCAGGUCGCCUAUUCACCUGAAUCUUGGCGAGUGCCAGAGACGCUUGGUUAAAUGCGUAGUUACUGGGUGCAAUAAUUAUCACUCACUGGGUGGAGAGAGCAACCAUGACAAGCAAUACCAGGAAAGUCAUCAGGAAUUGCUGAAAAAUGAAGUGCAGAGCCUCAAGUUUGCGCUAUUUAACAAGGUAAGAAAAUCACCUCUCAUUUGUGGAGUAACCUGCUCAGCAAUAUCCUCUCUCGCAUACGUUCUUAGGGGUUCCUUACACGUCUCUGCCCCACGAGCCCACGCUAGAGGGCCAGGAACGCGUGAACGUCUGUCUCUGAGAACAUCUGCUUUGGAGGCUAGCGUAGCAUUGGCAUGUGCUUAAAAGCAUUAAAUGAGCGCAAGAAAGAUCCGGGCACACUAGUACCAUGUGCCUGGAUGUAUUAUUUAGUAACUAGUAUUGGUAAAUUGUUUGAAUUUUAAGAACUUAGAUAAUAAGUACCAAUAGUUUAUUGGCGGUCACUUACACAAAGACGAACACAAGCAAUGUUCGAAAGGGAUGUCACUAAAACGGGGAACGGGUAGUAAGGAAUGAGCAUGGGAUCGGGGAUAUGGAAAAAAGGAAUAAAACCUAACUUGAACCCAGCCCUAACAGUAACUUCAUUUACAGUUUUCUGUUUCGUUCCCAUUUUAAUUUUUUCCGCUUGUCAUUCCCGGUCACCCGUUUUAUUAGCAAAAAAAAAUUCAGGCUUCUGAAUGUCGGGGCAUUUAUUUUCUGAUUUAUCGAGCCAGUUCUUAUUACUUCACUUUUCCUUGUAUUGGACAGGCUGGCGAAAAUAUAGGGAGAAAGGUGCAAAAGAUAAAGAGUCUCAGAUGGACUCUCAAGCUCGCUGACCUCACAGAGGGAAAAGAUCCAGCAAGCCCCUUCUUCUGCUUUGAACGGCGCACAUUUCGAUGCAUCUGGCGAUGA